UUGGUGUUGCCACGGGGUUUACCAAGAGGCGUGACCAUCACUGCAGCAAUUCCCAGCGACCAUCGACUCGCUCUCCUGCACUAGACCAAACAGACACACGACCAGAUGGGCGUCUCACGCCCCGUCCUACUACUUACUCUCUUCCUAUGCAGCUGGAAGCAAGUCUACAAUCAAGAUCUCCAGGACCUAGUAACUCUGGCCGAUCUCCAGCGCUGCAACAUAUCCGAGACCGGAUUGUUCUUCAAUAAUCAAAACACGACGUCAGUUGCACUGAGUAGCAGCGCAUCUGUGAUGGGAUCAGGAUCUUCAGGUAGUGGGAUGAUGCCAAACAUUUCGUGUGAUGAGAUAGAGGAGUACAUAAGAAAUAACACGAGACCACAAGUUUAUACAUCUCAAACAACUCAGUUCAUACUGACUCCUACUUCGAGCAAUAUUCCAGACCUCUUCAGCACGUCAAUGUAUCUACUUUCGGUGACUGCAUUUGUACAAGAAACAGCAUCAGUAACGAUAAUGACAAAAAUACUGCAACUUGAUACGCCUUCGUUUGACACGUUGUUCUACACACCUCGCACAUUGACAUCAACCAUGUCGUCCAGCUAUUCACAACCUUCAAUGUCUACACCGGUCACUGUUAUGCCCUCAUAUGACCUCUUUUCCACCCCUCACACACUAGUAUCAACUGUGUUCCCAACUCAAACAGCUCCAGCACCACCUUCGAUGUCUACACCGGUCACUGUUAUGCCCUCAUAUGGCCUCUUUUUUUCCACCCCUCAGACACUUGUAUCAACUGUGUUCCCCACUCAAACAGCACCAGCACCACCUUCGAUGUCUACACUGGUCACUGUUAUGGCCUCAUAUGACCUCUUUUUUUCCACCCCUCACACACUUGUAUCAACUGUGUUCCCCACUCAAACAGCACCAGCACCACCUUCGAUGUCUACACCGGUCACUGUUAUGCCCUCAUAUGACCUCUUUUUUUCAACCCCUCACACACUUGUAUCAACUGUGUUCCCCACUCAAACAGCACCAGCACCACCUUCGAUGUCUACACCGGUCACUGUUAUGCCCUCAUAUGACCUCCUUUUUUCCACCCCUCACACACUUGUGUCAACUGUGUUCCCCACUCAAACAGCACCAGCUCAAAUUGCACCCAAUCAGACUGAGACUACUCAGAUUGUACCCACUCAGGCUGGACCCAAACUGGCUGCACCCACUCAGACUGGACCCAAUCAGACUGCACCCACUCAGACUGGAGCCACUCUGACUGCACCAGUGAUUACGUUUUCACAUUCUCCAUUGCCUACACCAAUUCGACCAGUAGCUCCGUCACAGUCCAUCCAGCCACCACCGUUGCCUACGGUUCUUGCAACACAGUUGUCACCGACACUGUCACACUCUCUAUUGCCAUCCCAAUCCAUCCAACUGUCACAGUCACCUUCAAGUUUUGCAACACAGUUGUCACCAAUACUGCCACAUUCUCUAGUGCCAUUUCAAUCCAUCCAGCUGUCACCAUCACCUUCGGUUAUUGCAACACAGAUGUCGCCAACAUCGCCCAUCAAUGUUGCACCAGAAACUCCAGAACCGGGUGAAGUUGAGCAAAAUCAGGCUGCAGUGAUAGUGCAAGGACUAACAAAUGAAGAGUGGAAAAAGAUUGAAGAGAAAUUCACGGAGACCGUUGCCGAAUUGGCAACCGAGCUGUGCACUACAACACCAGAAAGCUGUGGCUUGAAGUCAUUGCCGGCUGACUUUAAAUUCACAUCACAAAAUGUCAUCAUUGAGACAGAGGCUGGCUCCAGUGGUGACUUCAUCAUUAAACUUGCUCUUCAUAUUCCUGAGGGCACACCGCUAUCAGAUAAUUCACUUACAGCAGGCGUCAUCGAGGCAUCAAACCUUCUCUCUCUGCUCAGCCAAAAGGAAUCAGAACUUCAACUAGCACAAGUACUUGGGCAGCGAGAAUUUACAGUCUCAGAGCCACCAACUACAGAAACAACAACUGGAGGCGACAGCGGUAGUCUUCCAAUUGGUCCAGUAGCUGGAGGGGCAGGUGGUGGCAUAAUCAUUCUGAUAUUGAUAAUAAUCCUUAUCUAUUUUAAGUGUAGGAACAAGAAAAAGAAAACGGGCUCAUUCACACCCACAAGAAGACUGAGCACCAGAGUGGCUCCACGACCGAGUGAGCUAGACAUGGAGGAUGGUAUCGCUUUAACUCACAGUCGGCUAGUCAAAGUACACGACAUUGAGUCUCAAGCAUGGGCAUUAUCCACAACGUGAAGGUUGCGUUAUGAUCCAUGGCAUUGCCAAGUAGUGUAACUAAUACAAGUCAAAGUAGUUCACAAAUCAUAAAACUGUAUAUCUACAUUACUCAACUGUAAAUCAUAUAAUAUUACAGAAAUGUGUGUGAACAUGA